GUAGAUGUAAACAUGAAUCUUGAGCCGGCGUUUGGUUCGUGUGUCAAUACCGAUUCACUGAAGUGUAAACGUGAUCAAUAUGUUUGCACACUUAAAUGAAAAUAUUAAAUUGCGACCAGCACUGAAAAUGUUGAACAAAAAUUGCGAUGUGUAGGCCUCAACAUGAAUGUAGAUCUAUGAUACAUAUAUAUUGCACAGAUCUGAAGAUUUAUGUGGCUAGACCAUGUCCAGAUUUCGUCUGGUGACCUUGGACGUCACCAACACACUCCUGAAGAUAUCGGGGAGUCCAGGGCACCAGUAUGCCGCAGUAGCCGGCAUCUAUGGGGUCAAGGCCAAGGUCAGCGACAUUGACUCAUCGUUUAGAUACAGAUAUCAGCAGUACAGCGAGAAGUAUCCAAACUUUGGCACAACGGUUGGAAUGUCUUCUUAUAAAUGGUGGACUGAUUUGGUCAAGGACUGUUUCAAAUCAGUUGCAGAUGCCAAUGUUCAUACUCAAGUACUGCCACUAACCAAUCAGGAUGAGACAUUGACCCAAAUAGCCAAUCACCUGUAUCUCCACUUUUCAACAGCAAAAGCGUGGGAGAUAGUACCAGAGGCGGAGAAUCUUCUCCAAAGUCUGAAAGCGGACGGGGUCAUUGUUGGUGCUAUUUCCAACUUCGAUGGACGACUGGAAAAAAUAUUGUCCUGUCUUGCAUUAAGGCACUACUUUGAUUUUGUUAUUCCGUCAGCAAAAAUUGGGUAUGAGAAACCGGACAGACGUAUUUUCGAACAUGCUUUAGCACUGUCAAAGAUUCCUGCGACCGAAUCGGUACAUGUUGGCGACAGUUAUGAGAAAGAUUACCUAGGUGCUGUUAAUGCUGGUAUGUCUGGUUAUCUUGUACAUAGAGGAAAUAAGCCUUUAAAGAAUAUAGAUCCUAAGUUUGUAAUACAAGAGCUGGGCGAUCUACCUGAGUGCCUUCGUGUGCGUACUAUGUCCACAGAAUUAUGAUAGGUUUUUUUUUAAGGUUUUUGUUGUUGUGAGAUGCAGUGGAUUUGUGUCAGUAAAUAAUUG